AUGACGGGCAACUCGCACACCGAUGCGGACGAGUUAUGUCCGGAUGGAUCCGAGUGGACAAAACGAUGUCGGCAAGAGGAAGAUUGCGACUUGAACAAGGAAGUCUGCGCUGAGGGAAAGUGUUGCGCAACCUGUUCCCGUCAACGACGGGCUUUUCUUGAUGACAUUGCGCAGAAUGAACUUCUUGGACUAGCAAUCCCUCAAUGUGAGGCUGAUGGAAGAUACUAUCGCAUGAAGCAGUGUCUUGCUGGGACCGAAGUUUGCUGGUGCGUAAAUCCCUUAGGCAGAAGAGUCACCGGUGGUGGUCCUGAUUGUGAGCCUAGGCGCAGAAUGCAAGAAAACAUGGCUUUAAGAGCAGUGAAGCUCAGAGAAGAGCUAAAGAGAGGGAAAAUUUGUGAAGAUUACCGAGAAGGCGAUUGUCCGGACACCCCUACUGAUAACAUCACAUCAUUUAAUCCUUGCUUAUGCGACUCUGAUUGCCCCAUUGCACUCAAAUGUUGCCCACAUCGCAAAGGACUAACAUGCCAAGCACCCGUGCUAACUCCGUCUGCAACGACGCUCAUCUGUGGCGUAAAUGAGCAGUUCUCGGCGUGUUACACACCUUGUCAACCGUCAUGUGAUGAUCCGACACUGUUGCCAUGUCCACCACCCACAUGUACACCAGGCUGUCAUUGCCAGCCAGGCUUCAUACGAGCCGACGGCUCGGCGCGAUCGGCGUGCGUGCCGCGCGCGGCUUGCGCAAUGUAUGAUAUCUCAACACAUUGUCUGGACGAACGUCGACAGUACCACAGUUGUGGAUCAGCCUGUCCAAUUAGCUGUGCGACAAGAAAUUCGCCGAGAUGCCAUGAAAACUGUGUUUCCGGUUGUUUCUGCAAAAUUCCAUACAUUCUUGAAAACGGUAACGAUCCACUACAUUCAAAGUGCAUUCUUCCAUCACAGUGUCCAAUGUUCACAUCAACAUUAGAAACUACUGGAACUUCGAUGACAGCUAUGGUUCCCGUGGCGAAUAGGGAACGAAGUCAAGUCGGUGCUGGUGGCACUUAUGGUACACAUUAUCCCACUCCUGGAGUGGCUACCUUAAUCCCACAAACUACCCACUGCAGUGACCCUUUGAAGAAUUUCCUAAACUGCGGAACAAAAUGCCCAGUGGGCUGCAAUGACCUGAACCCGUCUUCCUCCUGUAGUUUAGCGUGUGUUUCCGGAUGCUUCUGUCGUUCACCAUAUAUCCUAAGCGAUGCCAAGGACCCCCAGUCAGUUUGUGUCCUGCCCCAACAUUGCCCACGCGUUACAGUAACGCCUGGUACUUGCGCAGAUCCCAGGAAGGAGUGGACGAGUUGUGGAGCUUUAGGAUGUGCACGAUCGUGUACGAAUCCGCUAGGACGUUGCGAUGCUGGACUAUGUUCUGCGGGAUGUAUUUGCAGAGAACCAUACGUCUUGCAGGAUCCGUUCGAUCCGUCGUCACGUUGCGUUUUACCAUCAGAAUGUGAGCGGAAAUGUAGUGAUCCAUUGAAGGAAUUCGUCGUUUGUGGCUCAUCCUGCCCAGUUGGAUGCGAUAAUCGUCGUCCACAAAGCUGUACACCUUGCGAAUCCGGAUGUUUCUGCAAGAAUGGUCUGGUCUUCCUGAACUCCACAGAUUGGAGAAACUCAAAGUGCGUUCGUCUUGAAGAAUGCCCAGGAUCCAAUGAUGAAAUUUCUGAAACUACUGAAUCACGAAAAUCAUCCACAUCAACCACAACGACAACAGCAACAUCUUCAGCAUCUUAUACUUAUACAGAAUCGAUUGAUACAAACAACAGAGGAUUAGUCAUAUCAGCAGAUGGCCGCACAGCGGGUUAUUCCGCAAAAUGUCCGACAACUACCCUAGAUGUCGGUGGCAGGUCAUGCUUGUCAGAUACGGAUUGUCCAGCAGACCAACAUUGUUGCCGCGCGCUGAUUGUCUCUCUCGGAGUGAAUCCACAACGAUGUACUUGUUCCGAUCCUCAUGCGGUAUUCUCAUCCUGUGGUAGCCUUUGUCCUGAGUACUGUGGAGAGCCGGGGAUUCCACAUUGUUCCGCUACUUGUAAUGCUGGAUGUCACUGUGCACCUGGAUAUGUGAAAGCUCGCAACGAUCUCACUGCGCCUUGCGUCCCAAGGGAAAGAUGCUCUAAUUACACGACGAGUAAAACAAGUAACGAUGAACCUACUAACCGUGCCACGAUGAAGGAAAUCGCUCCUAAAGAUCCAUUUUCGGACCAGCAGCUCGCAACGGCAAAUCUUGUACCAGCCGCGAAACUCGUCUCGGGAAAGUUCAGUUUCACCCAGAUCACCGCUAACAACCUACGAAUUAGCGGAGUGUUGACGGGUCUGCCACCGGGAGAACAUGCUGUCCUGAUCCAUCAGUUUGGUGAUCUCUCAGAAGGUUGCUCACGCCUCGGACCUCCCUUCUUAUUCAGAGGAGGAAGAGGAACACCGUCUCUGGGUGAUGUUGUGGCUGACGACUCCUCAACAGCGUCGUUUACCCGUGUAGUCGACUGGCCCAUAGUUGAUGUCAUUGGCCGGUCUAUUGCUAUUUAUAGGUUCUCGACAACCGAUUACUCGCUACAAACAAAAGAUGAACUGCCUCUAGCAUGUGGUACAAUUGGACUUACUGCCUUUGCUCGACGUACUUGA